AUGUCGUCAUUCAAAAACUCUAAAUCGUUAAAGAUUCCGGCCAUAUUGAUUAUCUACUUCAUCCAAUCAGCGCUCUGCGUUUCAAAAUUCGGUGACCAUUUUAGAUCAACCGGAAACUUCCAUAAACCGGAUGACGUAAUAACCGGAAAUGACAAGGGGUUACCAAAGAUCGUGCACGUAAAUAGAAAUUACGAAACGGACGAAUAUGAUAAUUCAGACUACCUCCCAAGAUACAACCUCUUUGAUUUAUUUCAAUCAAAGCCCCGGCAAUCCUUAACCUCCAAACAAACAAACUAUCAAGAAAGCGGUGAAGAUGACGACAACAACUAUGAUCCUAAUAAAAGAUAUUCAAAAUUAAUAACUCCUGACGUAGAUUCCAAAUAUCCUGAUUGGUUGCUUGAUGAUAAAGUUGGACCAAUAGGAAGAAGCGAUGGAUUCCACAUUGAAAAGUUGAAAAAGUUAAUCAGUGAUAAGUUGAAAAAAAGUAAAACUGAUCGUCUGCUGGUCAAGGUGGGAAAACGUGAUUUGAUGUGUAACAUGGACAUGUACUGCUUAGUUCGCUAA